CGCACUUGACUGAUGGUUUACGCUGUAUAUAAAAUCUUAUUGUGGAAAAAUUGAAGUUUGUUGUUCUUGUAACAACAUAUUCGCAUUAAUUUAUGAAAGCUUCGCGCUAAUUAAUAAUCUAGGCGCGAGGCGGGACUAUUUCUAGGUGGUCAACCUGGAUCCGUUCAGUCAUUAACUGUCCGAGCGGUGUACGGUAGCCAUCUUGGAUUGGAACAAAGCUUCAGAUGUGUAGUUUGUCUGUUUAUCAAUAAUUUUUGUGCAUUUCGCUGUAAAUAGUUUGUAUGUUUAGGAUAUGUACGGAACGUUCGUCCACAUGUGUAAAUAGCUAUGGCUGCGACAAGGAAAUUACAAGGUGAAAUAGACAGGUGCUUAAAAAAGGUCACAGAAGGGGUCGAAACGUUUGAGGACAUUUGGCAGAAGGUGCACAAUGCCACCAACAGUAACCAAAAGGAGAAGUAUGAGGCCGACCUCAAGAAGGAGAUUAAAAAGUUGCAGAGGCUACGAGACCAAAUCAAGUCGUGGAUUGCCUCGGGGGAGAUAAAGGAUAAGAGCACACUUUUAGAAUAUAGGAAACUAAUAGAAACACAAAUGGAAAGGUUCAAAGUGGUGGAGCGGGAGACGAAGACGAAGGCGUACUCCAAGGAAGGUCUCGGGGCGGCGCAAAAACUCGACCCCGCGCAGAAAGAGAGAGACGAGAUGUCCGCCUGGCUCAUAUCUUCCAUCGACGCGCUUAACUUACAAAUUGACCUAUUCGAAUCGGAGGUGGAGUCGUUGUUGGUGGGAAAGAAGAAGAGGCUGGACAAGGAGAAGCAGGACCGGAUGGAGGAGCUCAAGUUCAAGCUGGAGAGGCACAGGUUCCACAUCAAGAAGCUGGAAACGCUGCUACGCAUGCUCGACAACAUGUCCGUGGAGGUUGAACAGGUGGCAGACAAAAAGGCGGCAGCACGUGUUAAGCGGUUGUCUCCGAUAAAUGUUGAAACAAAUAUGCUGUUGCCGACCUUACAGAUAAAAAGAAUAAAGGAGGACGUGGAGUACUACAUAGUGUCCUCACUUGAGCCCGGCUACGAGGAGAACGACUACAUAUACGAGGACAUCAACGGCUUAGACGAGGUGGAGCUAAGCGGGGUCGGACUGCAGUCCUCGGCGACGACGGACAGCAACAACAGCAACUGCUCUCCAGGAUCUCCUACCAGUAUACUAUCAGGAACGAGUCCAGUGGCGUCACCGUCGCUGGACGGACACAACCACGCGACGGAUUCCGUGGACGUUGACAAGAAGAAGAAAGUAGAAGAGUUAACGACCAAAGUGAGUCCGGUGAAGCCCCUAGCGUUGCGGGUGUCGCUUGCGCCGUCGCCGUCGCCGGUCGCCGCGACAGUCGCGAGCGCCGCACUCGCGCCGCACCCCGCGACUGUCGCGACAGUCGUCACCGCACCCGCGGUUAACAGUAUAAACAACAGUGUGGCGGGUGGAGCGUCGACGCCGAGCAAGCAGCCCGCGCCCAGCUCGCCGCAUCCCGCGCCACGACCUAACAACAUAGCUGGGCACUGGACUCCUCUGAUAAAUGAAGAAGUAGUGGAGAACGGGCCGGUGUCGAGUACGCCGGCGCACGUCCACGUACCGCCGCCCGCGCAGACCGUGCCCACGUCGAAGAGUGCGUCAGCGCCGACGAUAGCGCCGACGCCGGCGCCCGAGCCCGCGCCCGAGCCCGCGCUCAACGGACCGCAUCAUCACACUCUCAACAAUGGUCGAGUCAGUGAGCCGGCGCCGGCGACCACCGCGUCCCUCAAGAGCAUGGCGCAGGAGGCCGUGCAGCGUGCGGGCCUUGACGUUACGCCGCAGAACACGAGGCGAGGAGUGGCACUCUCACAGGCGCACAUCCCACCGUUACUCGGCGUCGCGCCGCUUGGCCCCUUACCGCUUAACAAUGAACACCAAGUGCAGUUCCAAAUGAUGGAGGCGGCGUUCUACCACAUGCCGCACCCCAGCGACUCGGAGCGGACGCGCGCGUAUCUACCGCGGAAUAUAUGGCAGACGCCUAUUUACUACAACCAGGUGCUGCUGCCACAUUCGGACUCGGUGGAGUUCUUCCAGCGGCUGUCGACGGAGACGCUGUUCUUCGUGUUCUACUACAUGGAGGGGACGAAGGCGCAGUACCUGGCCGCCAAGGCGCUGAAGAAGCAGAGCUGGCGGUUCCAUACCAAGUACAUGAUGUGGUUCCAGCGACACGAGGAACCUAAGGUCAUCAAUGAGGAGUACGAACAGGGAACGUAUAUAUACUUCGACUACGAGAAGUGGGGCCAGCGAAAGAAGGAGGGCUUCACGUUCGAAUACAAGUACUUAGAGGACCGGGACCUGAACUGAGCGAGCGGAGCGGCCACCGACUGAGGCGUCAUAUUCAUUCCGUUCUAAGUAUUAUAUGUGCGACGGUUCAUGGAAUCUCUGUGAUGAUUUAUGAAUUGAGACAAAAGCGCACGAUAGCUCUUACAAGUGGACGUUCCUACCGGCCGGACCGCGGACUCCGCCCGGACUUUUGUAUAUUAUUUCGUUCUUCUGGCUGCGGAUGAUCUCUCGAUGUGAUAGCGCCCGGAGCGCGCGCGGGUCGGCCGACUGAAUCUCGACGGAGAACCCGAAUAUUGAAGAUGUGGAUGUACAGAGACGGCGCCCGCCGCACGUGUUUAAUGUUCCCGGCCGUCCGGUCCGGCGAGCCCGGGCCCGGCCGAGCGACUAAGUUUCACUUAGGCUGUAUUUAAGUUGUAAAGUUUGUGACGGAACGCAUUUA